AUGGCCAAGCUGCUGGAGAGCCUUCAGCGCUUGGAGGAGGAGCUCCACAAAGCAAUCCAAGAGGUGCGCACACAGGUGCGAGAGUUGGAUGGGCCAGAUAACAAGCCAGAGCAGAUAGAGGAGGCUGCAACCACAAGUGUGGAUAUAUUUCAGCAAGAACCUCCGGCUGUGAUGGAACAAGUGAUGCGAGACUGGCCCGGAACCAUCAAGCCUGAGAUGACCAUCCGUGCCAAGCAGCAUGCCGUCUUAUUCUCCUAG